AUGUCGCCUGUUAUGCUUAUGCGACCAUCGUCAGUCCAGACUUCGUCGACCAUUUCUCAUGAUGACAUUCCGCCUCAGCCACUGGAUCCGAGUCGAAAUGAGGCUGACUUCUUCCACCCACCGCCCACAUCACAUGACCAUCGCUCUCCCAACGACCAGCCUCAACCAUCGUCCAACGGCUCAGACGAGCGGACACGAGAUGCAAUUGCCUUCCACAAAUUGCCCACCGAGGUCAUAGAAAGAAUACUUUGGACGGUCGAUGUCAACAGUUUCGCGUCUUUAGCCAUCUUGAACCGGGCUUGUUAUAAAGCAGCUCAGAACAGGGAACUAUACGCACAUCAUCUAUCCCGUUGUCCGUCAUACGCAUUGGCCAACACCGUUAUAACUGGGCCCUUCCGGAAGAAUGACCUGUAUCGACUCAAGACGAAAUUUGCAGCCGAAGUUCGUCGGAAUCUGUUCGAGGCAUAUCUACGACCUCGACAGACCUUGAUCAACUUGAUCUCGGUCAGCGCGAGCUCUUCUGCAGCCUUACCCGGAGCUGAAGCAUUUCGCUUUGCAUUUUCCCCCAAUGGCCAAUGCAUACUCGCACUGAGUUCCUCAAGGAUAUAUGUCAUCGAUGCAAUCACGGAGCCUGUAUCUGUUACUCACGAAUUGAAGACGCUGAGACGGCCACUGGCAGCUUCAGUGACUGACGAUGGAACCACACUAGCGGUUCUAUCAUCCAAACAUCAGACUAACAUAUACAACUUGACCUCGAAAGGCGUACAACAUGUGCAGGUUAUCAUGAUGGACAGUCCACCUCGGACCAUCGCAUUGGCUCCACAAGGCACGGUUUUGGCAGCGGCUUAUGAUGGUGGUGUUGAAGUGUUCUCACUGGCUUCUACCGCUCUCUCGACGGAUCGGAGAGCCGUCAGGAGUGAAGGGGUGGACAGUUUGAGUUUCUCCGGUGAUGGGUCGAUGCUUUACGGCAGUACGCAAAGCUUAGAGGAGCCGUCGGCGGUGGUCAUCACUGCGCCCUUUUACACGGAGAACGACCUCCCACCGAAGGAAGUACACAGUCGAAUGUGGACCACUCAGAUACUGUUUCCCCAGCUGAGUAGCGUGUGCAGUCACGCAGAAUUGAUGCAAGGCCAUACGGAAGGUGACGCCAGCUGGCUUUUUGCCUACGAUCAUUCCUUGAUGUCCUACCGAGCUGUCAGAACCGAUGAUACGCGGACAGGCGUAGCCUUUUUCCUCAACCCGACAACGAAUCGCCGCUUCAGCAUGCCUGCGCCUUCUACGGCCCCAACUGCCACAGCAUGUGGCACUCUAGUCGUGGCUGGAUUUAGUGGGAGCGGCCUUUGGAUCUACGGAGUGCCAGAAAGGCUGGAUGUUAGUCCCGACAUGGGCUCAGUCGUCGAACGACACGAACAACGCCUGCAAGGAAAAGUUUCCCUGACUUCUGCUACUGGACACCUCGAACCGCUGAUGGCAUAUUCGCCUUCGGUAUCUGGAAGCAGCGAGGAAAUUGAAGAAGAUUCAUUGGCGGCAAAAGUUGACUGGCGAGAAAGUCUCUUCGUCAAAUGUUCACAAAUAAGGACACUGGAUGGAUGCACGGCAGCCAAAUGGGUUGAACGAUGUGAAGUCCGAGAAUGUGCUUUCCCUGGCAAAAGAUUAAUAGCAGUAGCACCCGGCGGAGUUGAUCAGUUUGUGGAGGAACUCGGAGACGAGACAAUGCCCGUCGACGGUUCGCGCGUAUCGAUACUCGACUUCGACUAUGGGCCGUCUUCUGGUCAGGAUCGUGAAAUUACCAUCGAGGUUGGUGACAAAGAGCCGGAGUUGCUUACCGAGCAAAUUGGUGAUAUGGAUAUCGAGGUGGCUAUCGAGAGACGUCGUAGCGUGCGGGACCGUGGAAGAGGCGCAAUGAGGAUGCCUCUCGGGCGAUCUGUAACCACGGCAUCUGCCAAUCAGUCUUGGAAUCAACGACGACCUAACAAUAUCCCAUCUCCCGCAUCUUCGCCUCUUGAUGUGGAUGCACAAAUAGAUUUGGCCAAUGCCUCUCCUCGAACUCCCAAACAGCCUCCGGGAAAUCUACACCGGUCUAUGACAGCAGCGGGUUUUGCCACGGCACGAUAUCCACCACGUCCGCCGUUGGCAUCACAAGACACCGGCCAUUUGGUUUUUCACAGGUCACCUGAACAGCAAUGGCAAUCUGGGGAAGGGUGGGAAUCACCUCCUCCGCCAUAUUCAGGUGGCUUUCCCAGUCAGGUCCACCCAGGUCCGCCUCUAGGCUCGCCUCUCGUGCAGCCUCGUCCUAACGCAGGUCCUGGCCAGAUGCCGAUGCCUGUGCCUAUGCCUCUCGCGGGGAUUCCCGAAAACAGUCAUGUCCCUCAACAGAGUCAGGCACUCAUGUAUCAGCCUAGCUUUGGCCACAACCAGGGACCUUUGUCGAGCAAUCAUCCGUUACAUUUUGGUGUGCAGCCUCAUAAUGUACCGCAGCCUCUUCAUAUCAGACCUCCAGAAAACACAGCAGCUCCAGCUAGCUCUGCGAUGCCCAUGCCAUUACCUUCUGGAUAUCCAGCUAGACAACCAACCGAUCAGGACCAACGAAUCUCGACACAUCAGGCAUUCGUCCCAACGAUAUCUGCAGAGUCCUCGUCACGACCAGUGUCUCACUCUGACAGAUCAUCUCAUCAUACACCGGAACGAGAACGUGUAUCACCAUUACGUGUAUCUCGCCCAGAGCCUGAUUCUUUCGAUGCCAUGCCUGUUCCACAACACUCCCAGAAACCAUCUGACUCUGGUUCUAUCACUCUGACUGGUGCUAACCUUCAAGCUCGAUUGAAUCACCCUGUCCCUCCAACUCCGACAACGCUCGAACAGAUGCGUAACUCACAGUAUGUCACCACUGGACCACCUCCACCUCCAAAAGUUGAACCGGUACCUGCUUCGGCCUCUGCAGCGGGGUAUAACUUCUCUCUUCCAACAACAGAUCAAAUGGCCAACCUAAACCGUCGCAUUUCACAGACUGUGAGAAAACCAGUGCCAUCGACGAAUGGCGCCGCUUUCCAAAAUCACAACACAGCAAUGCAGGACGUUAGUCGUCCUUCAGCGGUGCCUCCAUCUCCACCAAGAGGAGCGUGGGGUGCUGCUGGCGUCGCAAACGCUCCCUCCUUCAACAAAGCCAUCACGACACCCAAUGGUUUGGUUCGAAAUAACUCUCGCGGUAGUGGUCGAAACAUACCCAUGUCUUCGUCGACUCCAAAUCUGUUAGCUUCCUACUCGCAACGACCCCCGAUCGGCAGUAGGCUUGACACCAUCGAGAGCAUAUCGAGUUCGUAUGGACCAGGGGAGCCGGGGUCAAGGUCACACAGUGUCGCGGGACAGUUGGUCAUGCCGAAUCAGAUGGUGUCUGCAGGCUCGUUCGCGCCACAAGGGCAGUCUGCAUACCAGGAGACGAGGUCCUGGACAGGUGACAACCCUUCUAACCCAUCUCGCCUGACCCGAGCGAAGACGAAGAGAGGCAAAAAGAAAAAGGGUGAAAGUUUACCGGAUCAGCGACGGUCACAAACACUACCCGCGGACAACAGUCCAACUAUAGGCAAGAAGGAGAAAGGAAGUCGAUGUGUUGUCAUGUAGAUAUACGACAUGAAGUUACGGACGAGGAACAGCUUUUUACUAUAUUGAGAACAGCCAUAUCAGUGUUCAUACCUUAUUUUUACGGGAGAGACGCAUUCUUUGUUGAAGAAGAAACAUGGCAUGAGGGGCAAACAGAAAUAAUUACAAGAUAUAUAUAAUUUCA